GACCUGCGAUAUUCGACUGGAAAAGACGAGCUCUGACAGCUGAACAUCAGCUCUCAGACUGUAGGGAUAUCUAGGAGCAGAGAACCGGUUUCACCUCAGUGUUGGCAAUGGCGUCAUGUUCCAAUGCAGCGACUGCCAGUGGCAGCAGCACGACGGUUGCGAAAAAAGCGUCUAGCCAAGAAAAGCCGGCUGCGGCUGUGACCCUGAAGCUGAGAAAGCCGAAGGAGAAACGUGGCAUCCAGUGGGACGAGACAGCGGUGGACAACGAACACAUGGGGAAGAAAAGUUCAAAAUGUUGCUGUGUGUACACCAAGCCGCGUGCGUUUGGCGAGUCCAGCAGCGACGACAGCGACUGCGACGGUGAAGAGCGCCACAGACGCAAGUUCCACUCCAAGGAGGAGUCCAAGCCCAAGAAGACACCGUGCUGCGACGACAGCCAUUAGUCCUCCUGCUCCGUCGCCUUGCCUCGUCCUCGUGUUGCGGUUCCUCUUCCGUUGUAUUCGUCCUCUGCUCGGAUUGUCUGUGCCUUCACUAGGAGGUCCUUGAGUUUGCCAUCUGGGGAGUAUGUCGCACACAGGAUGUACUGUUAGCACGGGGGAUACUCUUACUCCAUUAUAUGUACACGCGUGUAGACUCGUACAGGCUACGCGUGCUCGGAUUGUCUGUGCCUUCUCUAGGAAGUCCUUGAGUUUGCCACCUGGGGAGUAUUACGCACACAGUAUGUAGAUCUACACGCACUGCCAGCACCGCGGGUAUAUAACUCUCUCGCUCCGUUAUACGUACACACGCGCGCGCGCGCGUAGACCCAUGCAGACGACACACGUGAAGGCCGUUGAGUUUGCCACCGAGCGAGCAUUUCGCACACAAGAUGUCCAUGCACUGUCCGGGCCGUGGAUAUAACUCUCGCUUCGUGAUAAUUAUGUACAUGUGUCUGGACUCGUGCAGACUACAGAUGCGUCAUGUUGCUGGUCGACGGUUCAUACAGUAUAAUUCAUAGUGUCCCUUGCCAUCAUUGUUGCCGUGUUUUCAGAUCUAUGUGUGUGCUGCUGACGUGUUACGGUAGUCCGUUUGCCCAGGUCCGUGACUUGCAGAGAAGAUAAACAUGAUAUACUCUUGCCAUGACAAAGACCAAGACCAGUGUGUCUGUCUCGUCGCUCAGUCUCCGUUUAGUUAGUUAUUCAUGUGGAAUGUUGCUCAGGUCCGUGACUUGCAGAGAAGGUAACAUGAUGGACUGUUGCUAUGACCAAGGCCAGUGUGUCUGUGUCGUCGCUUAGUCUCCGUUUAGUUCGUUAUUCAUGUGGAAUGUUGCUCGGGUCCGUGACUUGCAGAGAAGGUAACAUGAUGUUCUGUUGACGUGACCAUAUCCACAAGGCCAGAGUGUCUAUGGCGUCGCUCAAUCUCCGUUUAGUUAGUUUGUCAUGAGAACUGCUGCCUUGUCCGUGACUGCGUGAAGCCUGUUUGCCGCUUGCUUGCAUUGAGCAACAACAGUGUGCGUGUGUGUCGGAGAGCAACUGACGUAUGGCUGAGUCACGGAGUGUGCUCUUUUCGUCGCCAUACUAUAUGCCUCUGCUGCUUGCUACCUGAACCUGCUCUCAGUCGGCGUGUCAUCGCGUGUCCAGCCCCUCGCGUGCUCUCAACGGUGUGCUUCGUCAUCGUGUGUGUGUGUGUGUGUGUGCAUUAGCUCGGCGGCCGGCAGCGUGGACUGCUUGCGUGCUCACGGGAUUGGAACGUUUGUUGUAGCGUGCGUCGUUGUGAGACGAGACAGGGGAGUAGUAAAUUACCUACUCAUCUCUGGUGAGACCAGUGGCAGUAGUCGUAGUAGUAUGCUGCGAUAUCACAGUGCUACCUGGUGCCUAGUCCUGUGCUUGACGGUCACUCCCCUGGCUCUUGGUUGUGUGAAACGGUGUUCAGCCGUGUUACAACCAGGCUGCACAAGCCUGUGGACCAGGGAGUCGGUAUUUUUCGACUCCCUGCUGUGGACUGCUGAUCGUGACUGUGACUAUGUGAGCAUUGUGGUGCCAUGCUUGAAUUUUUUUGGUGUGUGUGGUGGACAGUUGCAGUGCCGGAAGCAUCUGGUGCCUGUACCGCCGAGCCCUCGUGUCGUGCGUGCGUGCGUGUGUGCGCGGUGACCGUUCCGGGAGAUGGCCUCUUCUGUUCUGGCAUCGUAAGGUGGCUGCUGCACUGCAAUUGGGGUGAUACUGUUGGAUUGCUUUUGUGUGUCACAACACAUUUAAACCAUAGACUGUACAUAAUGCCAUUAAUGGACGUGCAUCAGUGUAAUUAUUUUCUUUUCGGCUGCAAUAAUUAGUACUAAUUACUUGUAUUUUUCACUACUUCAUAUUAUUGGGCUUCGUUUUCAGAUCUGCAACUUGAGUGUUGCACUAUGAUCGCCAUCAUUAUUCGAACUUGAGUUUAGGCCGCUGAGAAACAUCUACUAGUAUUAGUUAUUGCUGUCUCGCUGUUUCUUUGUCGACUCUAAACCCUCUUUACGGGCGAAACUGAUUACAAUUUACCGUUGUGAA